CUAAAAUGCUCUUUAGGCAGUCAGCUCACUAGGUUUUAAAACACAAGUCACUGGGUUUCUUCCUAGGGGCCCCGCUCAUCUGCCCUUUCGCUCGUCCUCCACCAGGGUUUUUCCGUUUGUUUUGACUAUAUGUUGCCUUUGCGAGUUGAUUCACACAAAUCCCGGUCUGCCGUCGCGACCAAUCGCGCUGAGCCGGUGACGCUUCGGAGGGCCGUCCGUCCGUGCGCCUGCAUUCAUAAACGGAUGUGAUAAGUGUUGAAUGUACUGUACAGAGACGAAACUUGGACCAUGGCGGAAGAAGACGACACGAAAAUCCGGAUUUUGCAGAGCCUCCGAGGAAAAAUAUGCGAAGCAAAGAAUUUGGGUCCGAGCUCCGGGCCGAACCGCCUCCGUGACCUCUGCACCUUCUGUACAAUCAGUUUGGACCAGGAGGAAGUAUAUCGCACAAAAGUCUAUGAGAAGAGUGUAAGUCCGUUCUAUAGCGAGGACUUCUACUUCGAAAUUCCACGCCCGUUCCAGUGCCUGUCAUUCUACGUGUACGCUAAGAGCAUGUUCCAAAUAAGGGAUCUACCUGUAGGGAAAGUAGCCAUCAGGAAGGAAGAUCUAUAUAAGUACUGCGGGAAAGAGAACUGGUUUCAGUUACAGCCUGUGGAUCCACACUCAGAAGUUCAGGGGAAGGUUCAUUUAGAGAUGAAGCUGAAUGAACUGAUCACAGAGAAUGGUUCCAUCUGCCAACAGCUUGUGGUUCAGAUAAUUGCCUGUCAGGGUUUGCCGUUGAUAAGUGGGCAGAACUGCGAUCCAUACGCUACAGUAACGCUCGUAGGACCCGCCAGGUCUGACCAGAAAAAAACUAAAGUGAAGAAGAAAACCAGUGACCCUCAGUUUGAUGAGAUAUUUCAUUUUGAGGUCACAAGGUCAAGCAGUUACAAAGGGAGAUCACAUUUUCACGUGGAGGAGGAGGACAUAGAGAAACUAGAGAUCAAGGUGGAGCUGUGGAAUAAUGGUAACUUGGCACAGGACGUGUUCCUCGGAGAGACACGAGUAUCUGUGAAAAUCCUGAGAAACGACAGUGUUCACAAAGCAUGGUACUUGCUACAGCCGAAAGGAAACGGUACAAAGUCUAAGCCAGAUGAUCUGGGUUCUUUACGUCUGAAGGUAACAUACACGGAGGACAACGUCCUGCCCUCUGCCUGCUACACGGACCUCCGCAACCUAAUACUCAAAUCCCCGGAUGUCAAGCCGAUCUCCGCAUCAGCGGCUCAUGUUCUGGGAGAUAUCUGCAGAGAGAGUGUGGGCUAUGAAGCUCUGCUUCCUGUGGUCAGACUGCUGCUCCAUCACAACAGACUGCUGCCCUUUCUCACCUCUGUUGCUGCUCUGGAGCUGGAGAAUACACAAGAAGCCAACACCAUAUUCAGAGGCAAUUCUCUGGCCACCCGCUGCAUAGAUGACAUGAUGAAGAUUGUGGGCAAAAGUUACUUGAACGUCACUCUCAAACCUGUUCUCAAUGAGAUCUUUGAAUCAAGUAAAGCCUGUGAGAUUGAUCCCGUCAAACUGAAAGAGGGCGAUAAUGUGGAAGUCAACAAGGAGAAUCUUCAGGGAUAUGUACAUAAGGUUUUUACGUCUAUAACACAGUCCAGCUCCAGCUGUCCUCCCCUCAUGUGUGACGUCUUCAGAUCACUCAGACAGCUGGCCUCUAAACGCUUUCCAGCGGAUCCUCAUGUGCAGUACUCAGCGGUCAGUAGUUUCAUAUUCCUGAGGUUCUUUGCGGUGGCUGUUCUCUCUCCACACACCUUCCAGCUGAGAACCCAUCAUCCUGACCCCGAAAUUUCCCGCACUCUUACUCUUAUCUCUAAAACCAUCCAGUCUCUGGGCAGCUGGGGCAGCCUUUCCAAGAACAAACUGGCUAGUUUUAAAGAAACCUAUAUGUACGAUUUCUUCAAAUUAUUUCAAGAAGAUGACUGUAUAGAAAAAGUUAAAAAGUUCUUAGAUGAGAUCUCCUCUAAUGUAAGCAAGGAGUCCAGUGGAGUGGAGGACUCAUUUGUCCUGAAGGAGGGAGAGGUGCAUAAGCGGGCCCAGGGCAGAAAGCGAAUAGGAAAGAAGAACUUUAAGAAACGCUGGUUACGAUUGACCAAUCAAGAGCUGUCCUAUCACAAGCAGAAAGGGAAAGAAGCACUGUGCGUCAUUCCUGUGAAAAACAUCCUUGGUGUCGAGAAACUGGAUGAAAGUGCCUUUACCCGCAAAAACAUGUUUCAGGUAAUCCACGAGAAGCCUCUGUACGUGCAGGCGGGGAACUGUGUGGAGACCAACAGCUGGAUCGAGGUACUGAGUCAGGUCAGCCGCUGUAACCCGGAUCGGCUCAGCACGUUUCACCCGUCCGCUUACGUGGGGGGAUUCUGGUUAUGCUGUGAGGUACCCAAUGAGAGCGCCCCUGGCUGCAAGCCCUGCACUGCGGCAUUCUUGGCUAAUAUUCAACUGGACAUCGACUGUGAUCGAGAAACAGAACGAAUCUUCUCCUUCUUCUCCUCCAGCCGCUCCAGACUACAGAAGAUGGAGGAUGUCUGUGCCGGUAUGUCAGUGUAUCUUGGGCAACAGGAGGAGUGUUCAGCAUUCACUAUACAGGACCCUAAAGAGACCUUCCGUACUAUUAAAGAUCUCGGAGAAGUUCUGGACGAUCUGCAGGCUCAUCACGACUCAAAGGGAGCAUCAGCUGAUGAACCAGGAACUAUCGAGAAUCCUAUAGUUGGAAAGACAGCGUAACAUUGCGACUGCAGGACCAGGUGGUGCUGAUAGAGGGCGCUGUGUUUGUCGACAUAGAGGAGCACGACCGUGCUCUGAUUAUGCUCCGAGAAGUGCUGCGGUUCCACAUGGGACUGAGUCUUACCUCUCCAGCGAUGGCCUGUCUGGAGUUACAGUGUACUUAGAAGAAUUUGGCCAGUCAGGAGUCGAGUGGUGUAUCCGUGAGUUGCUAACAUUGGAAAAAAUCUAGCUCUUUUCUCCGCGUGCCUGUUUGGCCUCUGUCUUAUAUCAGUUUUUAAGAUGGUUUAGAAACCUCAAUCGCCAGUCCGCACAGUAAGAGAAUAUUCCAGUCACCUCUUAUUCAUUCCUAAACAGGCUGUGAAAGUCCAGACACCAGAGUUUGUCUGAGAAAUUAUAGCUGCUAAAAUAGUCUUUGAAAGAACUCAACCUUUCUUUAUAAAGCGUCAGUUGUUCUGGUCGUCUGAUGUUUUGACAGGAAAAAUAACCAUGUCAAAGGGAAUCUUCAUUGUUCUUUAUAGAUAUAGUAUCAUCCGUCUCACCCAUGCUUUUGAGUGUGUGCAUGGUUUUCUAUCUGUAGUGGAUAGAAUUAAUCUGCCUUAUACUUACAACCCCACACUUGUGUAUGAAUUAGGGACUAAUGCAGAAGCACUUUAGAUAUUUGGAAUAUUCCAGAUAAGAUUGUUUUAGAUACGUCGUAUCAACCUUUUUCUCCUGAUAUCGAUCAGUUACAUGAUCAACUCUUGUGUAAUGUUCUGUAGAUAACAUUCAUAUCCUGUAGAGUUUUACUAGCUAUUUUUCUUACGCCAAAGAUGUCGUUUUGUAGGUUUUCUUGACUUGAAAAUGGUAUACAUGUAGUUUUUUUCAAAUACAGAACUUUUAAAAAAGGAAUAUGUCUCUCUGUAUUUCAUGGACCCACACUUUGGGAGCGUCCAACAUUUUGAUAAACAUGAAGAAGAUUUCCUUCAAUCGAUCUUUGUCAUUUUUCCCAAUACAAAUAAUGACAAAUGUUAGGAUAUUUUAUAGUAUGCUGUAAACUCUGUUCCAAAAACCCAGUGAGCUGCCUUACAAAGACUGCAUUUUAAAACUCACAAAAAAAGGCUGUUCAGCAAAAUCUAAUAAUGGAAGGUCUGCCUCCUUUCCAGAGAUUGCAUUCUCAUAAUGCACUGCAACAAACUCAGUGGAAAAAAAACAAUCCUAUAGGCAUUUGAUAAAAUGCCCUAGUUUUAUAUACUAUACUAAAAAGAAGCGAUAAAUAGAAAUAUUUCACAAUAUUGGUGUUUGCCAUUUUGCUUGAAUAUUUAGCUGUUAGCUUAGCAACAUGCUAAUAGCUAAGUCUAAUUGGAAUCAUUUGGAUUUAAUGAUAUUUGUGUGUCUUGCAACACACUGUUUGGAUGCUGAGGCAGCUCACUAGUGUUUUGAAUGGAGCUAUAAACAUAGAUUGUUUAGUAAGAAUUCAAUUUGACGAGUAACAAUCACCUGCAUCAUGUUUGUUGCGUCGUGUGCAGUUAUGUGGUAGAUUUGUCAUGUCAUUUCCUGGUAACUACCUGCUGUUUAUUACAGGUCUACCGUUCACGGUUUUGUUUCAAAUAACAACCGUUCUAAACUGUACAGAAGGGUUUUCUGUGUCUUUGCUGUAACAUUGGAGACUGUUAUGUUCUGCUUGGCAUACUUGUGUUUUGCGUAUAUUGUUAGUACUCUACUCAGUGGUUCUCAACUGGAAGGUCAAAAAUAUUCUACAAGGGCCAUGGGCCUAAAUGAAUAUACAAUAUGAAAUGCAAACCAUAAAAUAGUGAGUAGUUGAGACUUAACCUUUAAACUUAAAAAUAACACCCUAUGUAAUGAUGCAAGAAAUAUAUAUAUAGGAAUGAACAUUUCAACAGUUUAGUUCUAUUGAUCUUUAAUUAUGAAGAACAUUCUUCUUUCAAACUAUAGCAUCACUUUUUCAUUCUUUUAUCAUUUUUUGAUGUAGAUGAGUUUGACAUGAUGAUGUUUAAUGUCCCCAACAACUUCUACUGUAUAGUCCCAUUUAGCCACUUGUUACCAACUGCCUUUUUCAAGACGAGAUUUAAAGUCCCUUGAGAUCUUACUUCAGGCAUUCAACCAAAAACCAAUUGAAAACAACUCCUUGACUUCAGGAUGGUGGAACGGGAAGUAAUACAAUUCUAACUCAUUUCUGAGUUUUGGCCUACAAAAAUACAUCAUCACUGCGGUCUAUAAAAGUGAUGAAUUCUGAGUUCUGAUUCUGAUCUGGCAGAUACCAACAUGGACGGCUUGAGAAAAAAACUCCCAGAGGAAUUAAAUACGGGUUGCAGUGAGGACAUGGUUCGUCAAAAUCUCAAUGAUUUGAGAAUAAUUUGCUGCUUAGAGCAUGAAACCACUGAACAUUUUUACGAUACACAAUAUUGGUACCACUUUAGGCGUCCAAUAUAAACUCUGGGUCAUGAAGCAAAACCACUUGAGAACCACUGAUCUAAAUAAACUAAAAACCUGUUGAUAUGUCACAUAAAAUUAGAGUGUACUUAGCAUGAUCAUUUUAAAUCCUUUCAAAAAGACACCUUAGCGAUAUGAGAAAAGAACAUGUGACAAAUAAUAAGCUAGUCUUGCUUUCUUAAACCUGGGCAUAUCAGAAAAAGCUAAUUGAAUUCUGUCACACCUCAAACUCCAUUGUAACAUUGCAUUCGGAACAAAAACACAAGUAAAACUACAGAACAUGAGUCUACAAGUGAUGUGCCUCUAAACCAGAUACAUAUAUUUUUGUAAUCGUGACUUUUUGAAAGCUGAAAGAUUGUAUUGAGCAUUGAUAAAGAGGCUUGGAACACAAUUUGCCGUUUCAGCACGAACAAUUAUGCAACAUUCACCUUCCAGUUAUGGUCUCAGAUUAUAUAUAUAUAUAUUUGUAUUAGGUCCAUCAGAUUUGUGUGUAUUUAUCUUUUCUCACAUGUGAUGUGUAGAUGUUUGUAGCACACUGUGAACUGAGUGUCGUCAUGAUAUGUUGAUGCAUUGGUUGAAUGGUACGUGGAUGUUUAUCUGGUACUUGUGGCUCCAGUGAGCUUCAGUUGAAAUGUGGUACUGAUCAUCCUCACCAAAGAGCAGUGUGGGCUCGCUUAGCAUUGCGGUGAUACCGCAGACCUCCUCCAUUCAUUAGACCUGUCGGAUCGAAUUUAGUGGUUUCUGUGUAAAGCCAACCCAACCCCCACCCUUCUCUGAAAUGGGCAUAUUUUCAUCUCGUGUAAACACACAGGAACCAUUACGACCAGCAUCUAGUGGCCUUUAAGACCCCCAAAUCCCCCGGACUAAAGGUUGUUCUUUUAGCACUUAUCUUUGAGUCGAUGGAACAAUGCAGACGAUGUCAUUUUCCUUUUUCUUGAAUGUAUAUCGGUACGAAUCUACAAUCAACAUAUCAGAAGAACGUUUCGGAUGUACUCCUGUUGUGAUGUGUGUGUGUGUGUGUGCUCGAAAUUCCACCCCGUUGCUGUAAUUGGGUCUGCAAGUCGCCUUUUGAAAACCUUGUAGUUUAAAUAAUGCAUUUCUUAAAUUAUUAUAUUUUUAGAUCAGUAAUGUAGGUCUGUAAAACUGCUAUAAAUAUUUGCACAAAUUUGACCACUUUUUUUUUUUUUUUUUUGUCUACCCAUUCCCAUUCCUCUUCCAAUGUAUUACUAAUUGUACUGGACAUGUUUGCUUCAUUUUGUUAUUUAAAUGUUUUUAUACCAUUAUUUUCACAAUACAUGCUCACGUAAUUCCUGUGUUAUUAGUUCUGUGGAAUUAAUUUGCAAUAAAUAUAUUGUUCGUGUGA